AUGCACUGGCUCCCAGCAGGCCACGACAUCAACGGUGCCCUGGAGCCCUCCAACAUCGACACCAGCAUCCUGGAAGAGUAUAUCAGCAAGGAGGAUGCCUCUGACCUCUGCUUCCCCGACAUCUCGGCUCCAGUCAGUGCGGCCUCCUACUCCCACGGGCAGCCAGCCAUCUCCGGCUCCAGCGGGGUCCACCACCUGAGUCCCCCGGGGGGCGGCCCCUCCCCGGGGCGCCACGGUCCCCUCCUGUCCCCGGGCUACGGAGCCCCGCUCAACUGCAACAACAACAACGGAAUGGGGGCCGCCCCCAAGCCCUUCCUGGGGGGCUCCGGGCCCCCCAUCAAGGCAGAGCCCAAGGCUCCCUAUGCUCCAGGCACGCUGCCAGACUCUCCCCCAGACUCGGGCUCCGAGGCCUACUCCCCCCAGCAGGUGAAUGCCCCCCCACCUCACUACCCUGCCCUGCAGCAGGACCUGUACAUGAAGCCUGAGCCCCCGAUCCCCCACUACGCUGCCAUGGGCCAGGGGCUGGUGCCCGCAGACCUCCACCACACCCAGCAGUCCCAGAUGCUGCACCAGCUGCUGCAGCAACACGGAGCUGAGCUCCCCACACACCCCUCCAAGAAGAGGAAGCACUCCGAAUCACCCCCCAGCACCCUCAACGCCCAGAUGCUGAAUGGAAUGAUCAAACAGGAGCCUGGGACCGUGACAGCUCUGCCCCCGCACCCUGCUCGAGCCCCGUCUGCCCCGUGGCCUCCCCAGGGUCCGCUCUCACCUGGCCCCGGCUCCCUGCCCCUCAGCAUUGCCCGGGUCCAGACACCACCUUGGCACCCUCCAGGGGCCCCCUCCCCAGGCCUCCUGCAGGACAAUGACAGCCUCAGUGGCUCCUACCUGGACCCCAACUACCAGUCCAUCAAGUGGCAGCCACAUCAGCAGAACAAGUGGGCGACCCUGUACGAUGCCAACUACAAGGAGCUGCCCAUGCUCACCUAUCGCGUGGAUGCCGACAAGGGCUUCAACUUCUCAGUGGGCGACGACGCCUUCGUGUGUCAGAAGAAGAACCACUUCCAGGUGACAGUAUACAUCGGCAUGCUGGGCGAGCCCAAGUAUGUCAAGACGCCCGAAGGCCUCAAGCCCCUUGACUGCUUCUAUCUGAAACUGCACGGAGUGAAGCUGGAGGCCUUGAACCAGUCCAUUAACAUUGAGCAGUCCCAGUCAGACCGAAGCAAGCGGCCCUUUAACCCCGUCACGGUCAAUCUGCCCCCCGAGCAGGUCACGAAGGUGACCGUGGGGCGGCUGCACUUCAGCGAGACCACCGCCAACAACAUGCGCAAGAAGGGCAAGCCCAACCCGGACCAGAGGUAUUUCAUGCUGGUGGUGGCCCUGCAGGCCCACGCGCAGAACCAGAACUACACGCUGGCCGCCCAGAUCUCUGAGCGCAUCAUCGUGCGGGCCUCCAACCCAGGCCAGUUCGAGAGCGACAGCGACGUGCUGUGGCAGCGGGCGCAGGUGCCCGACACCGUCUUCCACCACGGCCGCGUGGGCAUCAACACAGACCGGCCGGACGAGGCGCUGGUUGUGCACGGCAAUGUCAAGGUCAUGGGCUCGCUGAUGCACCCCUCGGACCUGCGGGCCAAGGAGCACGUGCAGGAGGUGGACACCACGGAACAGCUCAAGAGGAUUUCGCGCAUGCGGCUGGUGCACUACAGAUACAAGCCCGAGUUCGCGGCCAGCGCGGGUAUCGAGGCCGCCGCGCCAGAGACGGGUGUCAUCGCCCAGGAGGUGAAGGAGAUCCUGCCUGAGGCUGUGAAGGACACCGGAGACAUGGUCUUUGCCAACGGAAAAACCAUAGAGAACUUCCUGGUGGUGAACAAGGAGCGCAUCUUCAUGGAGAACGUGGGCGCCGUGAAGGAGCUGUGCAAGCUGACGGACAACCUGGAGACGCGCAUCGACGAGCUGGAGCGCUGGAGCCACAAGCUGGCCAAGCUGCGGCGCCUGGACAGCCUCAAGUCCACGGGCAGCUCAGGCGCCUUCAGCCACGCAGGGAGCCAGUUCAGCCGGGCGGGCAGCGUCCCCCACAAGAAGAGGCUCCCCAAGGUGGCCAGCAAGUCGUCGUCUGUGGUCCCGGACCAGGCCUGCAUAAGCCAGCGCUUUCUGCAGGGGACCAUCAUCGCCCUGGUGGUGGUCAUGGCCUUCAGUGUGGUGUCCAUGUCCACACUGUACGUGCUGAGCCUGCGCACCGAGGAGGACCUGGUGGACACCGAUGGUUCUUUUGCCGUGUCUACCUCCUGUCUCCUGGCCCUGCUCCGGCCCCAGCACCCGGGCGGGAGUGAGGCCCUGUGCCCAUGGUCCAGCCAGAACUUUGGGACCACUCAGCUCCGACAGUCCCCCGGGACCACUGGGCUGCCGGGCAUACAGCCCUCGUUGCUGCCGGUUACCACCAGCCUGCCCCACUCGGCCCCAGGUCCCACCGUCCGCACCUUGGACCUGUGUUCCAGCUACCCCUGCCCCGUCGUCUGCUGCUCCUUGCCCACCCCCAGCCCCACCACCGACCCUCGCCAUGGCCCCAGCUUUGACCCUGGCCACGGUCUUGGCCCCAGCCCCAGCCCCACCACCAACCGCUCAGGCUCCAGCCAGAUGGCCUUGCUGCCCAUCACCAACAUCAGAGCCAAGUCCUGGGGCCUUUCCGUCAACGGCAUCAGCCACUCCAAACAUCCCAAGAGCCUGGAGCCACUGGCCAGCCCUGCAGUCCCCUUCCCUGGGGUACCGGGCAAAGCCAAGAACAGCCCCAGCCUCGGUCUCCAUGGCCGGGCCCGCCGAGGGGCCCCUCAGUCCCGCAUGGGCCCUGCCCAGCCCACUCAGGCCCAGGGCCGGCCAGCCUCUCUCCUUGCAGAUCCAGUGCCCUCCCUGACCUCCAUCCAAGUACUGGAGAAUUCAAUGACCAUCACCUCACAGUACUGUGCUCCAGGGGAUGCCUGCAGGCCUGGAAACUUCACCUACCAUAUCCCUGUGAGUGGCAGUACUCCCCUGCACCUCAGCCUGACGCUGCAGAUGAACUCCUCCUCCCCCGUGUCCGUGGUGCUGUGCAGCCUGACGUCCAAGGAGGAGCCAUGUGAGGAGGGUGGCCGGCCACAGGGUCUCCACACCCACCAGGACACCCAGGGCAUGUCGCACCAGUGGCCACUAACCAUCCUGUCCUUCCGCGAGUUCACCUACCACUUCCGGGUGGCACUGUUGGGUCAGGCCAGCUGCAGCCCGGAGGCCCUCGUCCGGCCAGCCACAGAUUACUACUUCCAUUUCUACCGCCUGUGUGACUGAGCUGCCCUCCUGAGGCAGCGCCACACCAGGGCCUGGGGUGCCUGGGCGCCCCCCACACUGGAUACAAUGGUGACACACUGGAGCCUGCUGCCGGCCAGCACAGGUGUCCACUGGCCCUCCCCGAGACUGGUGUAACUGGAAGUCCUCACACUGGAGCUGCUAUUCCAGCUGGUGGCCCCGCGCACAGCUCCAAGGGAGCCGGAGACAGAGACCUC